AUGUACUCUCCUAUUGUCAAAUUUUCCUUUAGUCUUACUACCGGUGCUUCCAAGGCCAUUCGUAGAGAAAAAGGACAAAUUGCUAACUCGAGGGGGAUCCCUUUCCCCGCAUUGAAACAGUUCCGCAGCUACACGAACCCCCUCUCCAAUGCCGACGCCUCUUCCUCCCUCAACCCGCCCUCCAUCCCGCCGCCGCCGCCGCCCCCUCCGCCGCUGAACAUCCCGCCCUCGCGCGCCCGCCUGCAGCUCGCGGCCCGCCUGGCCAUGAACAAGCGCAACGCCGAGGAGGCGGCCGCCGCUGCCGGCGGUGCCGGUUCCUCGUCGUCGUCGUCGGGCGACAACGAUGGCGGCAACGGCAUGAUGAGCAGCGGCCUGCAGGCCGCGGCGCCCAUCUCGGAGCAGCGCCUGCGGAACCCCUUUGCCGACCACGACGACGACGAAGACGAUCUCGAUGAUGACGAGGACGAGGACGAUGUGGACGACGACAUGCGCGACGAGGACGGCAGCGACGACGGCAACGAGCUGGGCGACCGGGGGCCCGGGUCCUGGCGCGCCAGGGGCUCGUGGUGGAGGGGCGUCGUGAGGAGUCGCAGGGCGGCGGCGGCGGCUGGUGGCGGCGGCGGCGGCCAUAGUGGUGGCGGUGGCAGUGCCGCGGCCGAGGACGAGAUCCGGCGGAGGGAGCGGUUCGGGGACGGGAGGGACAGCGACGAGAGCAGCGGGGACGAGGUGGGCGUCGACGAGGACGAGGAGUUUGGCGACUUUGCUAUGCCCGAGGUCGUGACCGCGGGGCCUGGGGGGGGUUCGACGACGGCGGGGGCCGGGUUCGGGAGCGCUGGCGGGGAGGUGGUCGGAGGGGGAGGGCAUGGCUCCGGGACGGUGCUGGUCAAGCCCCUUGCGCUGCACCCGCCUUCGUCGUCCGCGGCCGCCGGCGGCAGCAAGUUCCCCAGUCUCUGGCCGUUUGAGAGCCUUGGGUUCGGCGGCUCUUUGUCGUCGAAGAAGGACGACGAGGGGGAGAAGGCUGCUGGUGCCGGCGAGCAGGUGAGCAAAGACGCCGCCGGGGACAAGGAGAAGAAGGCGGAGAAAGAGGAGGAGGAGCCGCUCGAGGUGCUGUCCGAGGACGGGCAGCGCGUCAGCCGCGCCGUCGAGGCCAAGAGGCGGACCAGCAUCGAGGACCCGGACGAGGACGAGGAGCAGGUUGUCGUCUGA